AUGUGGUCUAAGACGCUGGGUUCCCCUGCUGUUGCCCUCGUCAUCCUGCUUCUGGUGACCGGCGGUUCUCCCAAUGAGCCCCCGGGGACCACCCCUACAACAGGCCCGGCAGAAAUACUGACAACGUCCGCUGGAACAGUUACUGGCGCUGAGCAAUCUAUCGACGAAUCGGGUGUACCGCUGGAUGGCGGUCUAAACUCCGGGGACCAUGACGCUUCUGCUCCCGAAGAAGCCGGGCACCCCUCCCCGGUGCCUACCGACACGAACACCUGGGUGGUUUCGACAACGACUCAGAACACCAUAGCGGAAGAAUCCGUGGAUCAGACGGUAUCGGACGACAAGCUUAACACUUCCUUUCCUCUCGACCCGCCAGAGAACUCGUCUUUGUCAAAUCACCAAGAAGACGGUGAGAAAGAAACAGCUGAAGACAGCUAUGAUAUUGACGGUUUUCUCCCGGUAUGGGGACCACUCCAAACGCUCUCACCAGAGUUUGAAGUUCAAGAGGAGACCGGGACAGAUAAGCCCCAAGCAGCAACAGACAUUAUGAGCGUGCCAACAGAAGAGAACAAAGCUGGAGAGGAAACAUUUGGGGGCGGCUUUGGAUGGGGUCCUCUCCUCCCACCACCAGAAGACACAAAUGAAGCCACGAUAGAAGUUCAAACUCCAAGCGUCCCUGAAGAUGGUGAUAAAACCGGAGAGGAGACGUUUGGAGGUGGCUUUGGAUGGGGUCCUCUUCUGCCACCACAAGAACCAACUGAAGCCCCGGCAGAAGCUCAGACUCCGAGUGUCUCAAAAGAUGGAGACAAGACUGAAGAACAGCUUACCGGGGAGGAGACGUUUGGUGGCGGGUUUGGAUGGGGUCCUCUUCUCCCUCCAGAAGAACCAAAGGAAGACAAGACAGAGGCUUCGACUCCGAGCGUCCUCAACGAAGGUGACAAGACCGGAGAGGAGACGUUUGGAGGCGGCUUUGGAUGGGGUCCUCUUCUCCCUCCAGAAGAACCAAAGGAAGACAAGACAGAGGCUUCGACUCCGAGCGUCCUCAACGAAGGUGACAAGACCGGAGAGGAGACGUUUGGAGGCGGGUUUGGAUGGGGUCCUCUUCUCCCUCCAGAAGAACCAAAGGAAGACAAGACAGAGGCUUCGACUCCGAGCGUCCCCAACGAAAGUGACAAGACCGGAGAAGAAACGUUUGGCGGCGGCUUUGGAUGGGGUCCUCUUCUCCCACCACAAGAACCAAAUGAAGCCCCGGCAGAAGCUCCGACUCCGAGCGUCCCCAGCGAAGGUGACAAAGCCGAAGACGAAGCGUUUGGCGGCGGUUUUGCAAUUGGAUGGGGUCCUCUUCUGCCACCACGAGAACCAACUGAAGCCCCGAUAGAAACUCCGACGACAAGAAUUUCCGAGCAGGAGAGCGGAGAACAGUUCGGCGUGUUGCGCCCACCUCCACCUGCAUCCAUGGGCGGCGGGCCGAUCGGAUGGGGUCCGCUCCUCCCUCCGAGACCUACCGAACCUCCUCUCUUCAGGGACGUCCUGAACCAAGAAUACGGACGGAAGUACCCUGCGGUGGCCCCGUGUAUAGAGAAGGCCAUGUGCACCUCGAUGCUUGAUCGAGGUGGGCAGAUAGACAUGUUACAAACGAGAUGCCACUGUGACAUCCAAUGCCGAGACUUCCGGGACUGCUGUGUAGACAUAGACGACGUAGAACCGCUCAACACGACCGGCAGCCCCGGCCCAGCAGCCAUCAUCCACCCGGACUCGUGCCGGUGGCGCUGCGGUAGGACUGCCCUCUUUAGUACGGUGUCGUGCGGCUGUGACGCCGGCUGUAAAACAAACAACACCUGCUGUGUCGACUACGUGGACGUCUGUGUCACAGGCAGCGCUAGGAACAGCCGUCAGGACGUCCAUGAGCCCCUGCAGUGUGGCCAUGCCCCCAAUGCCACUGACCACUACUGGAUGGUCGCCAGCUGUCCAGAACGAUACCCUGCCAGCAGAGUCCGAACGCUGUGUGAGGCACCGGGCGACUCUACCGAUGACCUCCUUCUACAAGUACCAGUUGUGGAGAACGUAACAGGUGUGCCGUACAGAAACAUGUUCUGUGGGAUCUGCAACGAGGCUCAAGAAAUGGUGACCUGGGAGACCCACGUCCUCUGCACGCCGGGUCUGGAUGAGGCCAGGGUCCGCACCAACCUGUCGGGCGUCCUCGGCGAAGGUCUGUGUACCCGGCAGGCCUUCAGGCCCAGCAGCACCCUCCCGGCAAGGCGCUGCUUCCCGCCGGUACAACCCAAACCUUCCCUGCGCUCAUCCAGCAUGUGCAAUGCGACAGAAUGCCGGCGUCUCACUGCUAUGGUGUAUCAGAAACAAACAGGCCAACCUUUUCGCAAUGGGUACUGUUUAGGGUGUGUCUAUGACAUAGAUACAGUGGCGUCAGCUGAUACUGCGCUUAGUUGUAAGUCACUGGAUGAAAUCGCUAACCACCAGAGGUUAUUGCACCUUGCACCUCAAUCUUCGGAAAUGUCAGCCAUAAGAUUGGAUGCAAAGGCAGUUGGAGUAGCCGUUGGAGAUUGCGAGAACGACUCUCUCUAUGACCCAUACGAAAAUACAUGUCGGGAUCUCGGUAUUACCUUAAACUUUCAAACGGCAUCAAAGGCACUUGCUGAUCUGUCACAAAAAUACCUUUACAUUGUCUUAAACAUACUCUCCUUGCUUUCUCUGCUGAUGUUCGUCUGCUUUUUGGUCAGGGAAAGAAAACGCCUAAAGCCGUCCGUGGUGGCGAAGAUCAGUCUGUUAGCGGCGCUUGUCCUGGCCCAGGGUAGUCAGAUCUUUGGCGAUGUUUCCUCCUCCCCUGUGAUGUGUAAGGUUUCAGCCGUAGGGAAGCUCCUGUUUUCUCUGGUGGCUUUAAUUACUGUGACGGUGAUCAUGCGUUAUCUCAUGCCUGCCUCAGACACUGCGAUCUUGUCUAAGUGUAAGGUCGCUGCCCAUUUAGCCGGCCCCUGGGCUCUCGCUAUUCUAGUGGUGACGGCCCUUCUUGUGGUUGAUCUUUUGGAUGAUUUGGUUAACUUCGUUAUCGAGUAUGACCAGGGUAGCUGCUGGUUUGACAACUCUGUCCAGGCCGCCAUCCUGCUAGGCGUACCGGCUGCAGUGUUCACACUGAUUAGCUGUUGUUGUUUGGCGGUUGGUUUUGUGGCGCACCGUCGCACUCACACGUCCGUGGUGCAGUUCGCCUGCUUUGCUGAGGGGGCGCUGCUGAUCGUGUUGACAACAGGGGUGUGUGCCGUGGGGGUCCUGGCUGUCACCCAAGCUUCAGCCGCUCUCGAUACUGCCUUCAAGUUCAGCCUGGCCAGCCUGCCGGGCGUUCUGGCCUUGGUUUUCAUUCUCAGCAGCAAGAGGAAUGCGAGUAACACAUGCCGCAAAGAAGCAGCAGUUUCAGGCCCUGAUUCAAACCAGGAGCCCGAUCGAGAGGUUGCUGAGACAGACGUGACAGAGGAUAACGAACAACCUUUGUAGGUCUUAUUGCAAAAUCCAAUAAUCAACCUCUCAAUUAAUCAAUUUAUGGGGUGAAUUAUUGGGUAAUACAAUGUCCGGAAUGAAAAACAGCAGUAAUUUAUAUUGCACGAAUGGCGUAAUUUCAUUUUUUUUAUUGACAUAUGCGAAAUGCGGAACUACCAGGACCGUACGAUAACUUGGCAUCUGGACAAUUGAUAU